GCUAGUGAACAUUAACAAUUUCGAUGAAAUUUUUGCCAGAUAUGUUAAAUACGUUUUCUUAGCACACAGAUUAAGGAAGAUAAGUUGGAUCAUGCGUCAGCUUUUCUGUUAGGUUAACAGUUGCGAAUGAAGUGCUUGGAUAUUCAGAAGUACUCAAAUAUAAUACUAGCAAGGAAUAAAGACUGAAAAGAUCUUGCUGACUGAACAUAGGGUAUUCUCAAAUAAAUUUAAAAAGUACUCAGAAAAGGCCCCUAAAUAACGUCUUGAACGAACUAUGACCAAAUCCGGAGGCUUCCUUUGUUUGUGGAUGAUGACCAUUACAGCAGUCGCUAAUCUUGGACAGCACAGUGUUUCAGCAGGAGAAUCUGAUUUUUUAGUCACUGGGCUGGUUGGAGAGAAGGUAGAUCUGCCCUGCAAUGUUGAUGUUAGAUCAUGUGGAGAAGUAUAUUUCGUAACAUGGACUAAAAAUAUAUCUAACGAAUGGAAAAGGUUGUAUCUAUAUAGUGAUCAUGUGGAAAAACCCCUACAAGAACUUGCUAAUCCGGACAGGGCGGAUUUUUAUGUCGAAGACUCUACUUCAUAUCUGCGGAUUUCACCUUUAAAGAUUGAAGACGAAGGAAGUUACAAAUGUGACGUUACUUACGUCCAGGGAAAAUGUCCGUCCUUGUCGUAUGCUUCUCUUUUUACAAUGGCGAAACCAAGUCAACCCAUUAUUAAAAAAGACGGAAAAAAAUUGGAGACAUCUAUAACAAUUGGACCAUUUUUUGAGGGAGCUACGUUUUCUUUAGAGUGCAUAACGUUUGGAGGGAAGCCAAUACCAGAGGUCUCUUGGUGGAACAAUAAGAAGAAUCUUUUAGUUGAACCAGUUAUCUUGAAAGACGAAGCUGGAACAGACAAGGUCAUUGCCACCAUUCGAGUAAUACUUUCACGGAAGGACUUACGAGCGAAGCUAAGUUGUCGCGUAGAAAGUGAAGCAAUAGAUGAUCCCUUAGUUAGCUGGAUUGAGAUAGACCUACAUGUUAAACCAUCCUCAAUGGAAGUUGAAGGACCCAUAUUUCCUGUUACAGAAGGAGAAAAACUCUCACUUAUUUGCACGGUAGAGGGGGCUAAGCCUGCAGCUACUGCCGUCUGGUAUAAUCACUCAGAAACCAUGCAACCUCAACCCAAUUCCCAAAUUAAGCCUGCUGGUGAUGGAAGUUUCCAAACUAUUAGUAGGCUUGAAAUAGUUGUAUCAAGAUAUGAUCACAAGGGAAAAUUUUAUUGUAAAGGAUCAAAUCCAGUGGUGGAGAAGAAAAGCGAUCCACCUUUAUUAAAAUUUAUCGAAAUUGAAGUUUUAUAUCCUCCUACUGUUGUUGUGGAACCACAAGAAGGAAUCACUGUUAAAGAGACUGAAAAUGCCACAGUGUCUUGCACCUUUGAUGCUAAUCCGUCCGAAGUCAACGAUGUGACCUGGUAUAAAGAGCGUGUGCAGUUGUCCGUGGAUGACAUAGAUAGAUUUGAAUUGAAGAAUUUCACGUACCCUACCCUGGUUAUACACAAUGUGACGCGCAGUGACUCGGGGAUGUACUCUUGUAGAUUGACUAAUAAGAUUGGACGAGGAAACCCGAGCGAGGAUGUCGAGAUAAUAGUUCUGUAUCCACCCGUGGUAGAAAUUUCUCUUUCACCUGCUGUUGUCAACGAGAAUGAUGGAACUACCGUGUCUCUGAGGUGUUUAGUUACAGAUGGGAAUCCACGGAGCCUGCUUCAAGUACGGUGGUACAGGAAUGACCAGCUGUUAAACGAAACCAUGGAAGACCAAAUUGAGUUAGAGAAUGUUAGACGUGAAGCAUCUGCUAAGUACACUUGCGAAGCAGAAAAUUCUGCAGGGUGGGGUGAUCUUGCAGAAUCACAGGCGUUACUGGUUAACUAUCUACCAGGUCCUGCAGUGGUAAUAGAGGUAGAUCCUCCAGCUGUCAAAGGUCGUCCGAUAACGUUUCAGUGCUUAGUGGAAGACUCAGGUCGUCCACCAGCUACAUUAUUUCGCUGGGAACAUGAUGGUGAUCUUCUUCGUAGUAAAACUCAGAAUUAUACUACAGAUCCACUCAGACUAAGUACUCGUGGAAACUACACCUGUGCAGCUGUUAACGAAGUAGGGAGCGGACCAAAAGGAUUUAUACGUUUGAUUGGAAAAGCACCCCCUUCUGUGAUCGAUAGCCUUCCACGCAUCCACGGAGCACCUAAAGAUGCUAGUGACGUGAGCAUCUCUUGUAGAAUCGAAUGUGAUCCCCUAUGUGAAAUAGAAUGGCUUCGUAAUGGAGAAAGUAUUAUGGACAAUGAUUUGUUCUUUGUCAAGACAACAGUUCACCCAGAGGAGUUUCUAACAAAUCGGUUUAAGUCUGUUGUUAGCACGCUUCACUGGAACUUCACGGGUGGCGGUUUGAACCGGGAUACUGACAAUGCCAAUUACACCUGUCGGAGUAGUGGGAAUAUCGUGGGACCAGGGGUCUUUACGUCUACUUACUUUAAAGUAGAAUAUCCACCGGAAAAUAUUACCCUGUCUACAACACGCAUAGAUGUCGUGGAAAGAGAAGUACCCGACAAAGUUAGCUGCAAAGCAGAUUCUUGGCCUCCCAGCGAGUACAUUUGGAAAUUCUCAAACUUUGUUAUAGCGGAUACUUCGGAGCUCUUCCUAAAUUACAGUAUACCCCGUGAGAGGGCAGGUUUUUACGAAUGUGUUGCUUCAAACAGACACGGGCAAGCAUCGAUGGAAACACUGAUCAACGUUAUGUAUAAGCCGGAAUGUAUAAUGUAUGAAAGCAAAAAUGACCAGGAACAAACAACGUUGAUAUGUGAGGUGCAGGCAAAUCCAGUGUUUGUCAACUAUACGUGGAUGAAAGACAACGAAACAUUUGAAGAUUUAGCAAAGUGCGAAGAAAGGCGAAGUAUUCUGACGUUACCCGAAGCAGCUCCAAAGUACUUUGGAACGUAUUACUGCAUAGCAAAUAAUUCUAUUGGUGAAUCUGUUCCUUGCUCUAUAGAAGUGACAGGCAUUAUUGGUACUUCUGGGUGGGUGCCUGACUUUGGUGAUGAAAAUGUCAUCAUCAUCGCUGCAGUUGUUGUUGCUGUUGUCGUCAUCUUGAUAAUUGUUGCUUUCGUAAUCAUAAUGAUUAUGAAAAGGAGACGAAUACGUAAUGCCAGCAGCCCAAGUAAAAAGAAGCCCCCAGGAAAGCCGUCAUACCAAAAUAUUGCAGGUAACAGUGAACCAGGGCCAGAUAAUGGAAAUAAGCCAACAUAUGAAAAUAUGGCUUUUUCUCAACGAGCUCCCAGAGGACCUUUUCGACCAAACAGUGAUAGUUUGCUCAAUGCUAAUAUCUAUGAUGAUUUAAACAUGGGCAAUACUUUGAAACUUACGUUGCAUUUCAAGGACAUGGAUAGGGAUCGCCAACAACUUCCCCCUUCUUCAAAGACUAAUCUUCAAAAUAAAUAAUAUGGAAAACAUAAAGGAAUGCGAGCUUUAAAACAGAUACAAUCGUUUACUGUGAUUAAAAUAGUGGUUUAGCUUAGCCCUAGAUAAUAAAGAGAGAAUAAAUAAGAUUUUCAUUGUGAUUAUUAAUUUUGAAUUUAUUGUUACUUGAGAAAAGUUGAUUGUGAUACUAAUACAAAAUACUGCAUUUUAAAUGUUUUGCUUACAUAUUGAAUAUUUCAUAACUGAAAAAAUGUAUUUUUAGUUUGUUAAAUACGUAUGGAGAAGCGUAUUUCAAAAUGUUCUGAAUAAUAAUAAAAAAUAACUUUUAAGCUGUGUUUCCU